GCCAAGGUCUGUGGGGGCGGCGGAAAAUACCCCCUGAUCACCGCCAUGAAAGAAGAGCUGAACCGAGAGAAGCGCUCGCCGCCUUACCCCGACAUUGACUGGGCCAAGACGAGCAAGGCGGCGGAAAUCGCGUCGCCCACGACACUGCCGCCAGCGACCAAAAUCGACGUCAAGGAACUGCUACGAAAUGCCGGGCUGGAUAAAGUCAAGAAACGGACCGAGAUCAAACGAACGAACCCCGACGUCCCCGAAAUCGAAGACAAAAACAGCCAGGCACCGAAAGUGUUUUGCUACUUCACCAACUGGUCCACCAGGCGUCCCGGGAAAGGCAAGUUCGAACCAGAGCAAAUCGACCCCUUCAUGUGCACGCACAUCGUGUACGCAUUCGCCACGCUCGAAGACUACGUUCUCGCCCCAGGGGAAGACUCGGACGUCGGAGAAGAAUUCCAACCCGGGUUGUACUCCAGAAUACAAGGCUUGAGGGAGGAUAAUCCGAACCUGAAGAUUCUUUUGGCGAUUGGCGGAUGGGCAUUCGGUUCAAAGCCCUUCAAGGAGCUUACGGAAAAUGUUUUCCGCAUGAACACCUUUGUUUACGAUUCUCUGGAAUUCCUCAGGGAAUAUCAAUUUGACGGUUUGGACAUCGACUGGGAAUAUCCGAGAGGUGCAGAGGACAAGGCCAACUAUGCCCGUCUGGUCAAAGAGCUGCGAAUGGCUUUUGAGGGCGAGUCUGAGAGCUCGAACCAGCCCAGGUUGAUCCUGUCCGCAGCUGUUCCUGCGUCUUUUGAAGCAGUAGCAGCGGGGUAAGAAAUUGUCGAAAAACUGCUUCUCAAUACCGUAUUUCACGUCAAUAAAUACUGUAUUCA